UCUUACUUGUUCAUAACUGUCUUUUGGAUCUUAGAAACCGGUGGACUUGUUUCGUUGGGAGGAUAUUUACUAGAUCGAUACAAUGGCCGGUGCACCCCCAACUACGACAAACCCGACUGCAUCCAGUAGCCUCCUCCCAGCAAAAUCAUGGCAGCAUUUCGUAGCAGGAGGUUUGGGUGGAAUGUGUGGUGCAAUCGUCACGAGUCCAUUUGAUGUCGUCAAGACUCGGUUACAGUCCAGUCUUUUCAGGGAAAAACAUACUUCAGUUGGGGUUGUAGGAGGUGGUGUCGUGGCGCUCCCGCAGCGCUCGAGUGGUCUUUUGUGGAAUUUUGUUGAAACAGGACACAUUCUACGUGACAUAUACCGCGAUGAAUCUCCAAGAGCGUUGUUUAAAGGCCUUGUACCAACUCUAGUCGGCGUCAUACCCGCCCGUUCGAUUAAUUUCUACACGUACGGUAAUGGCAAGCAAAUCAUCGCUAAUCACUUCAACCACGGACAAGAAAACUCCUAUGUCCACCUUGUCGCAGCUGCAAUUGCUGGUGUUGCAACAGGAACAGCAACGAAUCCAAUCUGGGUUGUCAAGACGCGUCUGCAGCUUACAUCAUCGGAACGUCGACAUCCUUCCUCACUCGCAAGCACAAAUGCAGGUGCAACCGCCGGACCUUCACGCGCCUUUGGAGGGAGCUUCAAGAUGAUUACGAAGAUCUUCCGUGAGGAAGGCAUGAAAGGCUUUUACAAGGGGCUGAGUGCUAGCUACUUGGGUGUGACAGAGGGAACUAUUCAAUGGGUGCUGUAUGAGCGCCUGAAACGGUUAUCCACAGGCACUGAAGGUCGUGGAGGCAUGACCGAGUGGUUUGGAAUGCUCGGUUCUGCCGGAACCGCCAAGUGCGUCGCCAGUCUGAUCACAUAUCCCCAUGAGGUUUUACGGACGCGACUACGACAACCGUCUGUGAACGGGGUUGUCAAGUAUACUGGUCUUUUGCAAACGCUGCGGACCGUUAUCGCCGAAGAGGGAGCCCGCUCCCUUUACGGCGGACUGAGUGCCCAUUUAAUGCGUGUCGUCCCUAACGCAGCGGUGAUGUACUCGAUAUACGAGGGCUUCUUGCAAUGGGGCAAGCACUCCAAUUGAAUCUCAGGCUUUUGAGAGGUUGGGAUCCCUAUCGGGAUCCAUCAGUAAGAUAUGUUUAAAUUCAUUUUUUUAACCUAGAUUUACACCACUUACUAUUGCUGAUUGGCUCGCCUUACUAUCUUUCCUGCACUUUCGUAGUCCCCGCAUCGUAUCUUACAUCCAAUCGUACAUUGUUUUCGCACACACUUGUAUAUUACCACAUGUUACCCGUCGUAACUCACCACUCUAU